AUGCCAAUCUGGGGUCUUUCGACCGAGUCUAGCUGUGUUGAGAAGAAAAUACUACACGUGCACACUUGGGGACGCUGUGUGCGGGGCGGGCCCCUGCACACAGCUGCCCACUGCUCAUACUGCGCCACGCACCCGGGCUCGUGGCAGUACGAAUGGCUUGUCAGCGACUUCGAGUCGAUCGACCGCGAGAAGACUCCGUGGGUCAUCGUCAUGACGCAUGCGCCGUGGUACAACUCGAACUCCGCGCACCAGGGCGAGGCGGAGCCGCAUCGCGUGGACAUGGAGGAGCUCCUGUACGACAACGGCGUCGACAUUUUCAUGAACGGGCACGUGCACUCGUACGAGCGCUCCAUCGGUGUGUACAACGGCUGCCUCAACGAGUGCGCACCCAACUUUAUCACCCUCGGCGACGGAGGCAACUACGAGGGCACCUACUACAACUGGAUCCAGCCGCCGCCGUGGUCGGUGGUGCGCGAGUCGUCCUUCGGUGUGGCAUUCCUGGAGAUCGAGAAUGCGACACACGCGUACUGGAAUUGGACGAGG